CUCAAGCCUGUUUGCCUCGUUGUCCUAUCUGUCUGCUCCGCGUGGCCCAAUUUAGGCACUCUCUUCGCGAUUCAGGAUGACUGACCAGGAGGAUAUUGUCCCUGCUGAUGUGGCAGACGAAGAAGAGGAGGAUCACGAAGAUGAGCAAGACGAGGAGCCAGAGGAAGAAGCAGAAGAGCCAACUGGGAAGGCCGCACCAAAGUCGUCCUCAAGGAAGGCACCGACUCGAACCAAGAAGGCACCUGGCAAUCGAAAGAAGGGCAGCCGUAUUGAGCAAAAGGCCGGCCUUUGCUUUCCGGUUUCCAAGAUUCGACGGAUGUUGAAGGAAAGCGGAUAUGCCAAGAGCGUGAAGAAGGAUGCGGGUAUUUACCUGACGGGUGUCAUCGAGUAUGUUUGCGCAGAGAUCUUGGAACUUGCUGGAAACUCUGCCAAGGAGAACAAGAAGCAGCGCAUCAUUCCAAGGAACAUUCAGCUGGCCAUCCGCAAUGAUGAGGAACUCAACAAGUACAUGAGCAAUGUGACUGUGAGGUCAGGUGGCGUCAUCCCGCACAUCCACCAGACUCUGAUGCCAGAGAAGCAACAGUCGAAAGGUAUCGUUGGGGCAUCAUUCUCUCAAGAGUACUGAGAAGCUGAGAGGCUUGCGCACCGGAUUGCACUAUGCUGCUUGGGGGAAAGCGCUCAUUAGUGCCAACGUGUGCAAAGCCAGUUCUGAGGAAGAUGCUGUCUGAUGCGACUGACUGCAGCCCGAAAUUAAUCGGGCCUGGCCAUGCGACGGCAACAUGCUGCCGUCCUAUAUGA